CUUAUGCUAAUAUGGAACAAGUUUAUGAAUAGGUAAGUAUUUAUGUAGUCAUGCUGUGUUGUGGAAACAGGUGAAGAAUGUGGUAUGGGGCUACGUCAUCUACAGUCAUCUGCGAUUGAGAAGUUGAUAUGUAGUCUGGCCGAGGGAGCUUUGAAGGGUGCAGAAACCUCACACGAACUUAUCAAACCAGCGCUCGACCUGACCCCUUAUCGAGGACUGCGAACGACAUCAUCAUCGAUAUAUUUGUGGAAAGAAGACCAAGGCCCUUCGAUUGCUAGAUCGAUUGUUGAUGAUUAUCCAUUCCCUCGAUUCUUCAUCGGCCGACAUUAUUUGCACUUGAACCUUCUGGGGUAUCCUGAAGCAUUCAGUGUUAAUUUAUAUUGAAAACAAAACGCAAUUCCGCAAAUCGAUUUCACCGUGAAGAUUCAAGUUCUAUCAGACGAAACGGUCCCUUGAUGAGCAAACCUAACGGCGAUGUGGCGGCUAGGCCGGCUGCUCAACCUGCUCAACAGCAAGCCGGAUUCUUAUCCACCGUCAUAAAGAAUGCACCCCUCAUGCUGCUGGCUUAUUUUGCUUCGUCGUGGCUGAGCUCAAGCUUUUUAAAACCAUCCUCCACCGUCGGUCCAUCGACCGCCCAGGACCCAGCGAAAGUAGAAGCAGAGUACACGACUGUACCUAUCUGGCCGAUUGGCACACCGCUGGACAUACUCGUUCGGCUGUCCACAUCGUAUGAUAUCUAUUCUGACGAGGAUCCCCAAGGUCUACCUCGGAAAAAGUUUUCCAAUAUCCGAUUUGGUGAUUGGAAUUGGACACAAAUCUGGGAAUCUGAUUUUGAUGUUCCUCAGUCAGUACAAAAUAACGGCACUCUGUGGGCUGUGAUCACCGUCUCCAAAAAGGAUGCUCAGAUCGAUCCCAGGGAGCCUGGCUACAACCCUUUGGAUGUCUACAGAAAGCAAAAAUUGUUGACACGCUAUCUUCCUAAACGGAAUAUUCGCAAAACGAAGAAUCUGUUGGGCGGGUCUGACAACACCACCAGUCCAGAAGAUGAUUCAAAAACGCCAGAGGAGGAUUUAGCACCAUCACCCAUCAUAUCUUACUAUCAUCCAAACCUGACGAUCGGAUUGGUUUCGGACUUCAACGUGCUGCCAUUGAACCGGCUACCGCCCGUUGUUCAAGCUCAUGUUAACAUUCCACCGACGCGCGAGAAGGACCCGGCGACAGGAAAUUACUAUCGUUAUCCGGCCGUAUUUCCUAACGAUUUUUGGAUCUUAAAAGAAACCCUAGCCCCGGUCAAUGACACUGUCACUUCGUUGCAUUUGAGAGUCGAGGUUGCACCUAUGAGUCAUUGGAAGUUUCAGCUGUUCGCAUCUAUGACUGUUGCCUUUGAUCAACAAGCUAACAAAUCGGGCGGGGCUGCCGAGUUGGACGAGAUCAAGCGAAUGUUCAUCGAGACUGCCCCUUGGUUGUUGAUCACUACAUUCCUCGUUUCGGCAUUACAUGCGGUCUUUGAAUUCUUGGCAUUCUCCUCAGAUGUUUCUCAUUGGAGAAACAAGAAAGAACUCGUCGGGGUUUCGCUUCGAACGAUCCUGUCGAAUAUAUUCGUUCAAGUGGUCGUCCUACUUUAUCUUCUGGAUAAUAGUGAAGGCACAAGCUGGAUCAUCCUAUUGGGUCAAGGAACCGGCGUUCUCAUUGAAGCAUGGAAAAUCACUAAGGCCGUCGAUAUCAACUUUGUCUCUCAUGGUCAAGGCAACAUCAAAUUCUUGCCUUGGGUUAAAGUGACCGACAAACACGUUCUGACGGAGGAUGAGAAGAAAACUCAAGAAUACGAUGCUCUAGCUUUUCGCUGGGUAUCGUACGUGACUGUGCCGAGUCUACUGGGAUACACCAUCUACAGUCUUCUUUAUCAUGAACAUCGAGGAUGGUACAGUUUCACGAUCAGCACAUUAUCCAGUUUUGUAUAUGCGUUUGGCUUCAUCGAACUCGUCCCUCAAUUAGUGAUUAAUUACAAACUCAAAUCAGUCGCCCAUAUGCCCAUGAAAGCUAUGAUGUACAAAACGUUAAACACAAUUGUCGAUGAUUUUUUCGCAUUUUGUAUAAAGAUGCCCGUUUUGCACCGACUGGCUUGCUUUAGGGAUGAUGUAGUAUUUGUUAUUCUAUUGUAUCAGUACUGGAUCUACAAGGUCGAUUAUUCUAGGGUGAAUGAAUUCGGUCAAGCUGGCUCGGAUGAUAAAAAGCAAACAGUGUCUUCCUCAUCCGCUGCUUCGUCUUCAAAAGAGAGUCAUCAGAAAUCACUCUCCGAGAAAAAAAAUCAAUAGAGCUUUUCUUCUUUCUGUUGUUCAUCAUGUUUGUUGGCUCUUCUCUUUUUUUCUUGUUAUGAUAUAUACAUACAUACUAUGUGUCGUCAAUGGAUCGAUAUUUCGCUAA